UUGUUCCCUCUCCACCAGCAAAUAAUCCGGGUCGGCGGCUGAUGGUUGUCUCGCUGACCCUUCGCCAAGCCCAGCCUAAGUGGGCCCAGGAUAGGCAGUGAGCUCUGAGUUAGUUAGCAUGUGGUUACCAACGGGAAUGAGCUGGCAUGGGAAACUAGGAUCAGUGGGUUUAAGUGAGUACAAAAGAAAUUUCAAAUGGAAGCCGUCAGAACAGCCUAGACUCUGCAGUUCUACACAUGAACAAAAGUGCCGAUGGGCUGGCCUUCGAUCAGAUGAGUUUGGGAUCACAAGAGAACCAAAUUUUAUUUCCAAGAGAAGAGUGCCUUAUUAUGACACGCAAAUUUCAAAAUCUUUUCAAUGGAAUGGAGGUAAUGGCUUGGAGAAAGAUGUGUUAUCAGAAUUGGAAGUCAGUGAACCAGUCAAAUUGCACAAAACCGACAGCAAGGAUGUUGAACUGAAUAAGGACUCAAUUGAGACAUCGGAUUCACCUAGGCUUCCUGAAAAACUGCAUCUCAACUCUGCAGGAUCUGGACCUGAAUCAACUGAAGCACUUAGAAAAAGCAAGAAGUCAGUGCCCCAAACUCCAGUGCAUGAAAAUAAAAUAUUAGCAGCUACCAAAAAAGAAUUAGGAAAAACAGAUCAUGGGCUCAAUAGAGUUCUACAGAGGAGAGCAGGCAUGAAUAUUUCACGAUCAAGAAGCUUCCCUAGAAGUUCUGAGUAUCAAAGAGAGUUUGUUUGGAAAACCCCACAGAAGCUUUCUCCAGUCCUUGCAGCAGAUCAGUUUAUUCACAGAUCAAGUCAAUCCAUUCCUCCAUUUAAGUCUCCUGUUAUUAUUCCUGAAACUGAAUAUGAAAGGAAUUUCAAACCUUCACCCCCUGUAAAACAACUGAAACAAUGCUUUCUGGAAGAGAGUGAAUGUCCUAGAUCCGAAUCAGUAGAAAUCUCCUCUGGAGAAAAGAAUGAAAAAAAUAAAACCACUUCAAAGACACCAGAAGAUUCAAAUCAAAAUGAAUUAGAAACAAAGCAGAAAGAAGAAAAACAAAACCAGAAGUUGCUGUGUUCACAUAGACAUUCUAAGAAAAUGAAUACAGAAUAUAGAUCAAAAUUCUUGUCUCCUAGUCAGUACAUCUAUAAACAAGGAGCCUGGGUCCAUGUCAGAAAAAAUAUACCUUAUCAAGGUUCUCAAAACACCCUAAAUACCAUGUGGUAUGUGGAGGUGAAAGAACUUCGAGAGAAAGCAGAAGCUUAUAAGCAGAGGAUACAAGGAACCCACUUUUCCAGAGAUCAUUUAAAUCAAAUCCUGUCAGAUAGCAAUAGACUGUGGGAUUUGUCCUCUGAAUCCACUGUGGAAGAAACCAUGAGCAACAAUAUCAGAGCACUUGACUUAGCAGGGAUCCCUGAAAACAAACUAUCUUCAGGUCCUAAAAUAUUGGCACAACCUGCGCAGCAAAAUAGCACUGGGAAUUUAGGUGUAUCAGAUGCUCUUACUAUUCCUGUCAAGCGGCGUCUAGUUUGGGAUGAAUCACAUGAUGAUGAGCAACAAGAAAAUCUGUCGCCUAUAUUAGGAGAAUGCAAAGAAGAAGAAAAUAAGCAAGAAAUUGGUGAAGUUAAAGAAGUGGAAAAAAAUGACAAGGAUGCCAGUAUAAACAAUCAGCAAAAUUCUUCAGAAGGCAGGGCAGAUUCUUCAGAAUCUUUAAGAGCACGUGGUAGGCUUCCAACUCCACAACUUAGAACGCUUGGUGGAAUCCAAAGAACACAUCAUGAUCUGACAACCCCAGCUGCAGGAGGUGCUGUUUUAGUAUCUCCUGAGAAAGGGAAGCAUUCAUCCUUACUGCAAAUAGAAAAGGAAUCUUCAGAAAAGCAGUAUUUGGGAAAUAGUCAAGUUUCAAGAGAACAAAUAAAAGGAAAAACUAACACGGAUGAAGAAAAAACUGUGACUGAUUCCUCAGUUGCAGGGCUAAAAACUUUGGACCCUUUGCCUCUACAAAUAGAUCAGUACUCCAAUCAAGAUACUUCUGGUAAAAGAAACUGUGCAACAUUAAUGCAUUCAGAGCAGAUACCUAUAGUUUCAGAAACGAAGCUGUCUAAGGCUUCUGCUGUACCCUAUUGGAGUCCAUUUUGUCGCAUUCAAGGAAGUCUCCGAGAUCCAGAGUUUCAGCAUAAUGGUAACAUUGCAAGCCCCAAAAGGAGCUGGUUACAGUUACCCCUUCAGGAGAGAAACUAUCAUGAUGAAGAUGAUGAUGACCGACUGUCCCAGUUGUCUGCUCGAUCUGCUGCUUCUGGUUCUCUUGCAUCUCAGGUUCUAGAACGAGCUCAAAGAAGAAAAGAAAAUUUCUGGGGCAAGAUGUGAUUGAAUUUUGCUGUGCUUGUAAUUUGUUUUAUAGUAGGGUAUUUUAAUUUUUACUAGAAAAAAAUAGUUAAAUACUGGGGGUUUUUUUACCAAUAAGGGGAAAGGAUCUGAUAUAAAAAUUCUGGAUAUUCAAAUAUUCUUUUUGAUUUGGCUUGAUACUCAAGUACUUGAUUUGAAAUAUUAACUUAUCCAAAAUCUGUAUUCUACCUCACUCUCAAAAAAGUAUUAUAAACAAAUAGAUUAUAUCAUAAGCUAUUUUUAUUUAAUGAAUUCCAAAGGACUCCAUAUCACUUUUAAAAAGCAGUGAAAUGGUGCCGUAUUAUAAGUUUCAAGAAAUCCUUGAUCUUAUAACAGAAAUGCAACAUUAAACAUGGCCAACAACCCCACAAUGAAAAAGUUAUGCGGAAGCAAAAACAAAGAUCAAACAAGAAUAAACUACCUUCUACUUUUAGGGUUUACUUAGCAACUAAGGAUUAUUUGUGUUAUUCGUGUAUUACUCAGUAAUCCUAAAUAUAUUAUUUAGAAACCUUCAUUCAUUACAUUUAUUUAUAACUUUUGUUGGAUUCUUUAUUAUUAAUCUCUGUGUUCCAACAUGGACAAUCAGUUUUUGAUAGAUCAAAUACAGUUUUAUUAUUCUACAACACUAAACUAACUUUGCCCAGUUGGAUGAUCUUUUAAGAUUAGUACUCCUAUACUUCCCAGCCAUUAGGACCAAUAGCCAUGUUGUUGGGAAUUCUGGGAAAAUUUUGGAAGAAACCAAGUCAGGGAAAUUUUUUAAAGCAGUUUCUAUUAUGAAAUUAUCAUGAGCAAUACAGUCACCGUCAUAAAUAUUACCGUCAUAAUAAAUUUUCAAAUACUUUGGCAUUUCAAUAUUGCCCACCAUUUUCCUUUACCUCAAUAUUUAUAUCAUGAUGACUAGGUUAAAACUGAAGUCUAUUGCAUUUCAGAUUGUAAUAUUAACAUGACUUGUUUAAUAAAGCACAUGAGCAUGUAUUACUCUUGUGUGAUAGUUCAAAAUUUCAGAGAAGAUGCAUUCUUGGCAGUCCAUUUUCUUGGGUUUAAAUGAUAAGCUAGCCGUAGGUUUUGUACAUGAGAAUCUUUAGCCAAACUAAGAGCAAAAUGUGUUUUAAAUACUAUGUUUAGGGACUAAUUACUCUUCCCCAACUCUGUGGUAAUUUGAAAAAGAUGAAUUAGGGAUGUGGUUCCCUAGCUAUUGGACACUAAAUUUCAUAAUUUCUAGUCAACAUGACUAGUGGUAAGAGGUUGAAUCCAGCAAGUUUUAGAAGCAAUAUAGUUGGUCUUAUACUUUAAUAAUUCAGAAAUUUUCUUGAUGUGAUUAUUGAGCAUUGUUUUAAACUAGAAUGAAAAUUUAUAGUAAAUAUAAAGGAUAUAAUUAGUCCUUUUCACAUAUUACUGUUACUAUAUUUAAACAUUAAAAAGAUAGGAUUUGUUGAAAAACCCUUGACUUUUCUGUAAUAUUUUAAAGAUAAUUAGAUUUGUAUGAUGGGAAAUCAAGUUGUACAUGUUUUAAAAAUUGAGUAAUAUUUUUGUAUACAAAAAAAUCUUAAUUAGAAAUGUUCAUAUCUGUGCCACAUUUUCAUGUUUUACUUGCAGUAUCAUUGUUUCAACAUAAAUUUCAGUUAAUUCAAAUUUUUGUUUUAUUUUAAAAUAUAUAUUCAAACUAUGUACUAAUACAUUUAAGUUGGCCAGAAAUGUAUUGAAACAUUUGGAAAAACAGAAAAUCUUGGUGUCUUCAUUUACAUAUCAAUCCAGAAAUUAUAUGUAGAUCAGAUAAUUUCAUUUUCAACUCUGCAAAAAUAAUUUUUUUGAGAUAGUUUUAGUUGAGGAAGAAAUGUUGAAUAUAUGAACAUUAAUUUAAGAAAAUGAAGUAAUGCUGCUGAACCAUUCAGUUUGCUUUACCUGAAAAUGAUCCCAACUGAUUCAUUAAUGUAACAAAUUGAUUAUCUUUGCAAAUUUUGGUCUUUCACUUUGGGACCAAACAAAGCAAUUGCUUAUUUUGAGUACAAUAAAUUAGGGUUUUGCUUAUUUAA